AUGGCCGUGGUUACAGAUCCAUUCUACGGAGUGCUCACGCUCCAAAUGGACUCCGCAACCACCUUUUCACCGAACCCAACCUGCGUACCCGCGAUGCCAUGUGCUACACCAUUUCUCAAUCUCAGCGGAGUACCGUCUCAGGAUUACACAGUUGCGGUAUUUGAGGAAAAGUCGACAAGUCUAGCUUCAUGCUCUACGGGCACCGCGUCCUCGGUCCAUGCUCUAGUAUUUCGGACCAUUCCCUUCUGGCAGUUCAGCGAUCAUACCGAGUCUUGCUACAAGACUUUGACAGCUCGUCUCCAGCUCGAAGCAGCAACAGGCUUUGAUCUCACCGCUGGUUUCAACAAAGGAGCCUAUGCAGUAGCGACGUCGGUGGAAUUGGAUGCAUCCCAGGGCGCGACUGUUGAGUGGAUCCGGACGAUGCCUCCUAAAAUGCAAAGCUUUUUCCUAUCGGCGUACCUCCCUCAAUUCACCGAGGACUUCACCGUUGAGGUGUUUGCAGCGCCAACAGAGUCAGCUACAAUUCCAGGGUACCCUCCCACUGCUCCCGCUGUAGCGAUUCCAUCCGCCACGGAACCCUUAGCAGCUUCGUCCAAGACCCUGAUCGCACAUCGGAGCGAAAUGUCAACACAUCAAGAAUCACUCCUCAUCAACCUGCGGUCCGGAGAUGACAACAGUACCAUCUUCGCACUUGUCAUCGCGGUCUCGUUUMUGAUGCUCUUCGGCGGCGGGUGCAUCAUCGUGUUCUGUUAUACUAGAUCUACCAGGUCGCGAAGCAGCGAGACCAGUGGCUCUGUUGGGACGGAGCGCGCAGAGAUCGACGAGUCACAUUCUAUUGCCGCCAUAAUGUCACAGACGAGCUUCAGAACAGAGCCUGUAAGGUUCCAUGGCCCAUUCUCGGUGUCAGAGGGAAGUGGCUCACGCCACUCAUAUCCCUCUGCUCAACGAUUUGAGCUGGGCUCCUCGAUCAGUAGCGAAAGUAGCAGCGACAGCGAUACUGACAUGAUUGUUCGUUUCAACAAUCUCGACAACCCUUUCUCAGACACUGCUGUCAUUUCCAGUUUGGCGAGAGAAGCGACUCCAAUUCUGUCUAUAUCGCCAACGCAGACCGAACUACGGCAUGAGCGGAUGGAAGAUGUCAAUUGA